AUGGCUUCGGACACGGGACUUGAGACUCGGCAGCCGAAUGGCGUGACGCCCGACGAUGAUGCCCUCAGUCCAAUUGAGCCCGCCACUCCACGCGAGACCGGGCCGCCGCCUUCAUCAUCGCAGAUCACAUUGCCAUCGACCGAAAUACCAGGCUCACCGAUAGACCCCAAUCAGUCCUUCAAAACUGAAGCCAACGAUGACAGGCCCGGUGCGACUGUAAUACCCUCCUCUCUUACCCCACCACCGUCAACCCAGGUCGCCGCCCACGCCGCAAGCAACGCAAGGCGAACCUACUCACAAUCACAGCAAUCCGCGCUCUUUUCCCCGCCAGCCACCAUUCUUCAAAACAUCCGCGACCGCGACCUGGGCUCAGAUUUCGUGCCCCCAGCGUCCCAACAAAUCCUCGACGCUCCGGCCGACGAGCUUCGAUCUAUGCUGCAGACCUGCGUUGCCGAGCACCACAAGCUUAAAAUGGAGGCUGCGCACCACAAAUUGCAAUACAACCUGCUGAGCCUGCAGGCAGAGGAGGACUCCAAGCGCGCUGCUGUGGAACACGACAUGGUGCGCCGGGAGGUCGACGCACUUCGCUUGGCUGAGCAUAGUCGACAAGCAAGACGGGAAUUGAGUACGGCUUCCGAGUCCACACAGCUGAAGUACCUGCAGAUGAAGAAGUGGUACGAGGAAGCCAUGGAGGAAAAUGAAACGCUUCACCGACGACUCAAAGCGGCCAAGAAAGUCAUUCAACAGAAGGAGGAGGAGACUAUUGGUCUUGCUGAGGAAAGGGACAUGCUCCUUACAAGGAUUCGGGAAAACCGCGAGCACUUCCACAGGCUGUGCAGUCCCGGCGGCAUUUUCCAUCACGCUCUGACCCCGAAGCAGCAGAGUGCCUCGACCCCGCAACAGUACCGAACAGCGCAUCAUCACACACCGAGAUCAGCGCAACGUGAUGAACACGACGUCCCGGAGCAUGGUCUUUCCGCCUUGCUGCAAGCCAUGAGCCAGGACAAUAACAGCGCCCCAUCUACACCACAUCGUGCUGUCCAGCGUCACGCUGGGAAGCACAGUCGAAACGCUCAGUCCAUGUCUUCGUUACCCACCACGCCGGUGAACCGAACCCGCGACGCGGCUCUACUGCCUUCCGUCGACUUGGUCCCCCAAACAGAACCACGCUAUCGGCAUACUCAGUCUCACUUCGCGACGACGACGCCAACACCCAAGCAAGAGAGGCGACGCAAGAGUAGAGAGAGCACGAUAUCAGUGGAGGAUACGGAGGAGUUGGCCAGACAGGCCCUGGAGUCCGCCGCCGCUGCAUCCUUUACAUCACAUUCAUCGCGGCAACCGCUUCCACGCCAUCGACGCCGCACUGAAGACGAUGAUGCCGAAGAGCUUGCCGGCAGUCAGGCGAGCCAGGCAGCUACCGAGAUGCUCCGUCGAAAUCCAGGGAGGAGCUUUGAUAUGCCCAGCUCGGCCGGCUCGCGGGAUCUGUCCCCACACCCGACGGAGACGUCAGCCAGGAUGCAAGCCAAGCUCCUAUCAACUACAGGCAGCGGUGUGGACAAACGCAAGUUCAGCGAAGGGUUGCCGCUAGAGGACGACAUCAGACGGGGUCAUGGCAGCCCCCCAAAGAAGAUGCGCGUUGGCGGCCCUCUGCCCGAUGAUCCGCGAGUUGGUUUGGGCAUCCAGUACCGCGACUGA